UGCCGCGUCCUGUAACGGCGGGGAGGACGGCCCAGCCAGCCGCUGCACAGCAGAAAAGCUGUAAUAGGGCCGCCAGCGGAAGGGGAGUCGUGAGACAGCUGCUUUUCUGUGGGGUGAAGUGUCGCAGAUGUUGGAAAACACGGUCUUUGCCUUUCAGACUGGAAAGGCAGAACCAGCACCAGCAGGAAAGAAGGAAUGGGAAUUUGCUGAGGGCAGUGGAGAACCACUGGUGAUUAUGCCUCAGUGAUGAAAGUCCGGAGGAACUGGUAGGCUGGCUGGAAGUAUUACAGAAGAAGCGUUUGUCUUCCUGUUAAAAUGAUAAAACCAGCACUUUAACGCCUCAUUGUAGAGUAACCAUAAGCAAAGCUCAACGCCCAGCAAGAUGUCCUCGCACCUGUGCUGUGGAAGGAAACCACUGCCCAAGGGUCGACUGCCCAAGGUGUUGCACAAGAGCAGAAAGCAGAAGUUGUGGGCAAGGACAGUAUGCAGAGUUUACCAUAUGUGCUGCAGGUCUAGAGUUCACGCAGCAGGUGAAGAGCCUUUUCUAGAAUUCCAGCAGAAUGGAAACAAAUGGAAAAUUGUCCAUAAAUUGGGGGGUAAUUUCGGCAUAGAGCAGAAGAUACAGAAUUACACAGGACUGAGCGGAGAGCGCUUUUAAAGAUUCUUCAAGAUUAAGUUUUGCCUUUUCAGUAUAAGCAAUUUAUUCUACGUGCACUCCCAGCAAAUCAUCUGUACGAUUAAAUGGUGCUCAGUAAGAGAAGUAAUGCCUUACCUGGCUUGAAGAUCUAAGAGAGCUUCCUGUUUGCAUAAGGCAUAAAAGGAAAUGGAAGAAAAUGAGACUUUACAAGGUGAAAAGGAGAGGGCAAAAAUUGAAAAACACGCUACUCCUGAGAUCGGUCGGCAGAUAUCAGUUAGUGAGUUCCUUUGUCACUGCUGUUAUGACAUUCUGGUCAAUCCCACCACCCUGAACUGUGGGCAUAGUUUCUGCAGACAUUGCCUAGCCUUGUGGUGGGUAUCGUCCAAGAAGAAUGAAUGCCCCGAAUGCAGAGAAAAAUGGGAAGGAUUCCCAAAAGUCAACAUCCUCCUCAGGGAUGUUAUUGAAAAGCUAUUUUCUGAUGCCAUUGAACAAAGAAAAGAAGAUAUUCAACAAAACAGUGAUGUAGCACGCAGCUUAGCAACCUUCCAAAAAUAUGGGAGUGACCAGAUCCCUACAGUUCCGAACACAGGAAGAAUUAAUCCUCGAGGAGGAGGGUUUUUCUCAGGCGUUCUGACAGCUUUAACUUGUGUAGCAGUAGUUCUACUUGGAUAUCACUGGAGUAGCAGAGAAUUUGAAGAAGAUCUUCUUGUCCACAAGCCUGUUGCUAAAUGGACUGCUGAGGAAGUGAUACUUUGGCUAGAGCAGCUGGGCCCAUGGGCUUCACAUUAUAAAGAAAGAUUUUUACUGGAGAAGGUGAAUGGAAGACUCCUUCUAACACUGACAGAGGAGGAUUUCAUGAAAGAGCCUUACAGUAUAGAGAACAGUAACCACAGAAAAGCUAUUAUGGCGGAAUUGGAAUGUGUGAAAACUUUAGGCGUUAAACCACCACAGAACCUUUGGGAAUAUAAGGCAGUAAAUCCAGGAAAAUCACUCUUUUUUCUGUAUGCACUGAAGAGUUCUCCAAGACUUAGUAUGUUAUACCUGUAUUUGUUUGAUUAUGCAGAAGCUUUCCUACCUUUUAUCCACACAAUUUGCCCUACGCAAGAAGACAAGUAUGAAGAUACUGUCACAAAACUACUAGACCUUAAAGAUCCUUCGUGGAAACAGUGGAGAGAAUUCAUUGUAAAGUAUUUAUUUUUGCCAUACCAGUUGAUAGCUGAAUUUGCUUGGGAUUGGCUGGAUGUGCAUUACUGGACAUCAAGAUUUAUAAUUGUAAAUGCCAUGUUGCUCUCUGUUCUGGAAUUAUUCUCCUUUUGGAGGCUCUGGUCAAGAAGAGAAUUGAAGACUAUUCCUCACAGAAUGUGGAGACAUUUCUGGAAAGUCUCAACCCAGGGUCUUUUUGUUGCCAUUUUUUGGCCUUUUAUUCCUCAGUUUGUCUGCAAUUGUUUGUUUUACUGGGCCUUGUACUUUAACCCAAUUAUAAACAUUGAUCUUGUGGUUAAAGAAGUAAGGCGUCUGGAGACACAAGUGCAGUGACUGGCAUUGGAACUUUUGAGCUGUUUAGCUUCUAAAAAUGGACAUUUGAAAUAAGCUUUGCUUUUCUUUAUAUAUGUAGCAGUGAAAGUGGUAGAUUAUGUUAACUUAAACAUACAAAAAAGCCUUAAGGUAAGUUACUCUUAAACUAGUUGAUUCCAAAUCUGAGGAUGGGCUUUAUUAUCCAAAAGGAAUUUUCUAUUGAAAAAAAAAAUUACAUUCCUGAUUUAGC